CUUCCAGUACUCCGCUAGUAACCACGCCAUAAGGAGCAACGACAAAAAUGCAUCAACGAGGGAUAGCAAUAGAGCACAAAAUAGGACAACCGCGACAGUAGGAGCAGCUGCAGCACCAACCAGCCCGACGAGAAUCCGCGCGAUACAUUUCGUCAAAUCCUUGAAGGCUUUAAACCUCGCGUUGAGUCUGAAUAACCCACCGUUAACCAACGAACAGAUACAGAGGAUAGCCGAUCACUUUGAGGAUAGU